AUGUCUAGUGAAGUUAGUGAAUACGCUCCGCUGUAUGCCCCUUUCUUUGGGUUUGCCGGUUGUGCUGCGGCUAUGGUGCUUUCGUGCCUUGGUGCGGCCAUCGGUACGGCCAAGUCGGGCAUUGGGAUCGCUGGUAUCGGUACGUUUAAACCUGAAUUGAUUAUGAAAUCGUUGAUUCCCGUUGUGAUGAGUGGUAUCCUGGCUAUCUAUGGUCUUGUAGUGGCCGUGUUGAUCGCGGGAAAUAUGUCUCCGUCAGAGGAUUAUACUCUAUUUAAUGGAGCUAUGCAUUUGAGUUGCGGAUUAUGUGUUGGAUUUGCGUGUUUGAGUAGUGGGUAUGCGAUUGGUAUUGUUGGGGAUAUUGGAGUGCGUAAAUUCAUGCAUCAGGCGCGGCUCUUUGUGGGUAUCGUGCUUAUCCUGAUCUUCUCUGAAGUGCUGGGAUUGUACGGUAUGAUUGUUGCAUUGAUUCUGAAUACCAGAGGUUCCGAGAAAUAG